AUGUUGGAUCUCGAGUGCAACGGAGAAAGGAAGAAAGAGAUGAUUGCUGUUUGGAAUCCAGUUAAGCUUCCCCCCUUCUCAAGCUCGAUAUCAAUUCUUACAAUGGCUGAAGAGGAGCAUGAUUUCACAUUUCACUCGACCGAUGCUGGGGCGUCAGAGACAUACCCUUGCGAAGCUGGUCAGAUCCGUAAGGGUGGCUUUAUCAUGAUCAAGGGCCACCCAUGCAAGGUCGUGAACGUGUCCACGUCCAAGACGGGUAAGCAUGGCCACGCAAAAUGCAACUUUACGGCUCUUGACAUAUUUACCAACAAGAAGUACGAGGAUAUUGUUCCUUCCACGCACACUACGUCGGUACCAUUCGUGUCGCGUGCUGAGUACACGUUGCUUGACAUUACGGACGAUGAUUUUUGCUCGCUUAUGGACGACUCUGGUGAUACUCGUGAGGACAUCAAGCUGCCUACCUUUCCUGACACUUUUGCUGACGAAAUUCGCGCGGACUUUGACGACGGCAAGCAGCUUGUGGUGACCGUUUUGAAGGCUUGCGGAACCGAGCAGAUUAUUGCCAAGAAGGAAGACCUUUCUGGAUAA